AAGCAAGAAUCCUCGAGGAUCCAAAAGCCACUAAAUCAUUUGACGCUGAUCAGCUGAUGCGACUCACAUGAUUUGACGCAAUCAAGAUGGCCGCGAGUCAGAGAGCAGUCUUCUGGCUGGGGAAGGACACUCUGAGGGUGUCUGCUGCCCUGUUUGCAGAGAACCGCAGACGCCUCUCCAAGGCCCUGAAGGCCACUGAUGGAGUGCAGCCCAAGUCCGUGGUGCUGCUGCAGGGAGGGGAGCAGAAGCAAAGAUACUGCACAGACACUGAUGACGUCUUCAGACAGGAGUCCUUCUUCCACUGGGCUUUUGGGGUGACCGAGGCCGACUGCUUUGGAGCCAUCCACGUGGAGUCAGGGAGAUCCCUGCUCUUCGUCCCUAAGCUGCCCGACAGCUAUGCCACCUGGAUGGGAGAGAUCUAUCCAAGGGAGCACUACAAGGAGAAAUACGAUGUUGAUGAAGUGCACUACACCUGUGAUAUUGCUGAUGUUCUGGCCAAGCGGAGUCCAGCGGCCCUCCUUACUCUGCGUGGAGUGAAUACUGAUAGUGGGAGUACCUGUCGCGAAGCCUCCUUUGAAGGAAUCAGCCAAUUCAAAGUAAACAACACCCUCCUGCACCCUGUAAUUGUGGAAUGCCGUCUGCUCAAGACCGACAUGGAGCUGGAGGUCCUUCGUUAUACCAACCGCAUCUCUAGCGAGGCCCACAAAGAGGUGAUGAAGCAUGUGAGGCCUGGCCAGAAGGAAUAUGAAAUGGAGAGUCUGUUCCAGCACUACUGCUACUCUCGUGGGGGAAUGCGACAUGUCUCCUACACAUGCAUCUGUGGAAGCGGACACAACGGUUCAGUUCUCCACUAUGGUCAUGCCGGAGCUCCCAAUGACAAGACUAUCAAUGAAGGAGACAUGUGCCUGUUUGACAUGGGUGGAGAGUACUACUGCUACUCCUCCGACAUCACCUGCUCUUUUCCAGCCAAUGGGAAGUUCACGCCAGACCAGAAGGCCAUCUACGAGGCUGUGCUCAAGUCUUCUCGGGCUGUCAUGGCUGCCAUUAAACCAGGGGUUAAAUGGACUGACAUGCAUCGUCUGGCUGACCGUGUCCAUCUCGAGGAGCUGGUGAAAAUUGGCAUCCUGAAGGGCAGUGUUGAGGACAUGAUGAAGGUGCACAUGGGCUCUGUGUUCAUGCCCCAUGGUCUGGGUCACCUGCUGGGAAUUGAUGUCCAUGAUGUUGGUGGCUACCCUGAGGGAGUGGAGCGUAUCGACGAACCGGGCUUGAAAAGCCUGCGCAUGGGUCGCCUGGUUCAGGAGCGCAUGGUCCUGACUGUGGAGCCGGGCAUCUACUUCAUCAACCACCUGCUGGAUCAGGCUCUGGCCUCCCCAGCACAGCGCUGCUUCAUCAACAAUGACGUGCUGCCUCGCUUCCGUGGUUGUGGAGGGGUGCGCAUUGAGGAUGACAUCGCUGUGACUGCUGACGGAAUGGAGCUGCUCACCUGCGUCCCGCGUACCGUUGAGGAGAUCGAGGAGUUCAUGGAGGAGGCUCGGGCUGACCCCAAAUCCUUCAGUCCCAUCACCCAGAAGUUGUGAGGGGGCAGGCUGGAACUGCUCUCUCCCCCGACUCCUUGGGUUUUUACCGCUUGUCUGAAAGGGAAGUUGGCUUUGAUUUCCAGAUCUAUACUGUGACUGUCAUGAAAUUUAAAUAAAAUGAUGCCUAAAAUAAUGCCAGUUCUUCACUCAGCUCUUACUGUAAGUUUCUUUACAGCUCAAUAGUUCUUAUGGGAUUACAUCUAGCACCAACAAAAAGACAAAUUUGAAGUAUGAAGCUCUACCAUAAAGAACAGUAUUAAAUUAUUAUUUUUCUGAUUUGUAUCGUUUACAUGUGUUUGUCUUUGUACCCAAUGUAUAUGCCAAUUAGCCUUAUCAAUAUGUUAACCAUUUAUUAAUAAACUAUUUCUGCAGCA